AUGAACUGUUUCUUCUUCAAAAACAAAUCAAAAUCCCACCCAGAACUCCCAAAGGGAUGGAAGAAGAAAAAUCAGGUGGUGAAUGGAGCACCUAAAUCCCCCAGCACGGUACCGUCACCGAGGAGUAUAAAAGAAUUGUACAAAGAGAAGAAGCAGAAUUUCAGAAUCUUCAGUUUGAAAGAGCUGGUAGAUGCAACAAAUGGUUUCAAUAGGAUGCUCAAGAUUGGAGAAGGUGGUUUUGGGAAAGUAUAUAGAGGAACAAUUAGUCCUCACCCUGAAGAUGGAGUUGAUCCAACUGUGGUCGCAAUAAAAAAACUUAACACGCGUGGCUUACAGGGGCAUAAAGAAUGGCUUGCAGAGGUUCAAUUUCUGGGCGUUGUUAACCACCCUAAUUUGGUUAAACUUCUGGGAUACUGUUCUAUAGACAGUGAAAGAGGAAUCCAAAGGUUGUUGGUGUAUGAGUACAUGCCUAACAGGAGUCUGGAAGAUCAUCUUUUCAGUUUUUCUUUACCUCCUUUGCCUUGGCCAACAAGAUUGAAGAUCAUGCUCGGUGCUGCUCAAGGAUUGUAUUAUCUACAUAACGGAUUGGAGAUUCAGGUGAUCUACCGAGAUUUCAAAUCUUCAAAUGUGUUAUUGGACAAGCAAUUUCAUCCCAAACUGUCAGAUUUUGGUCUUGCUAGGGAGGGCCCAGCAGGUGAUAAGACUCACGUAUCUACAGCGGUAGUGGGGACACAGGGAUAUGCUGCCCCAGAGUAUGUUGAGACGGGUCAUCUCAAAGUCCAGAGUGAUAUUUGGAGUUUUGGUGUGGUGCUUUAUGAGAUCCUCACAGGGAGACGUGUAUUGAAUAGAAACCGUCCAAUAGGGGAACAAAAGCUUAUAGAAUGGGUUAAAAAUUAUCCUGCUAACAGUAGCAGGUUCAACACGAUAAUUGACCCACGUCUCAAGAACCAAUAUUCUCUUGGUGCAGCUCGGAAAGUAGCCACGUUGGCAGAUUGCUGCUUGAACAAGAAUCCUGAUGAUAGACCCUCGAUGAGUCAGAUAGUGGAAAGCUUGAAGCAAGCAUUGGAGGAUUCAGAAACCAAAAACACUUCCCCCAGUAUGAAUUCUAAAUCCACACAAUCUAAAUUGUUUGAACAUAUUGGAAGGUUGGAACAAACAAACGAUUUCACGUGA